CCAAAGGCCCAUGCUAUACGAUCCGAGUACCUAGAAUUAAAAUUCGACGAUCAGGACAGUGUAGAGACGGUAUCUGAAGAAUAUAACAGGGCAUGUGAUGAGGCGCGUGAAAAGGUGAAGCAGGAAGAGAUAGCUCGAGAAGAAAGUCGACGCGCACUCAUUGAGCAAGGGAUAAAAAUAGGUCUAGAGCAAUUCAAAGCUCGUAACGAACAAAUGAAAGCUCGCGACGAACAAAUGAAAGCUCGUGACGAACAAAUGGAUGCCGAACUGGAACAACUCAGAGCCAGAAUACGUGAAUAUGAAAACCGUGACGGUGACGAAGCAACUUCAGUGGUAUAAAGAGAUGAUAGCUUAUAAAAUUGUAUCACCAUGUAAGGCUAAUGAAGUGGUCCGAACGGAUGAUCUUGUGACUGUUGCUGUCCGGUUCGACGGAUCAGAAGCAUACCGCCGGAACAAAAAGCAGCGUUUUGAUCCAACUUGAAGUGUCAAAUGAUCUAUGCUAGAGAACAAGGAUGAGGUAGUGGUACGGAUGCCAAGCCUGAGAACAACUUCACAUAUAUCGCCCCUAAUUCCCAUCCCGGACAUUGUAAAUAUCGUAUCUAUUUGUUUAGGUGAACGCACCUCAAAUUCUAUCCUCCCGCUUCUCGUUGUUCACUUUCGUGAUAUGCUCGACCUUACACACCUACUUUCAACAUCUACACCUGUACCAGUGUUCGAUGGACACCCUACUUACUCAGCGUCGCCAAUAUCCUGUUUACCUCAUGAUGCUUCUAACGUACAUGCGCUAUCGUUAGGAUCACACACAGGAACGCAUAUAGACGCCCCAUGGCACUUCAUCGAAGGCGGGAAAACUAUUGACCAGUUAGAUCUGCGAACACUGGUUGGACGCGCACUCGUGUUAGAUGUCCGAGGAAAGAAAGCACACGAGAAGAUUGUAUGGGAAGAUAUCGAGAAGUGGGAGGAUGUGAUGCACGAGGGUGUGAUCGUGCUAAUCUGUACUGGGUGGUCGCGGUACUGGGGAAAGAGUAAUUAUGGAGACCAUCCGUACCUUGAUACCAGCGCAGCAGAGAAGAUAGUGGGCAAGGGUGUUCGGGUCAUCGGAUGCGAUACAAUGAGUCCCGACGAAGUCGGCACAGACAACCCGACCCAUGGCGUUCAUCGAAUCGUCCUCGGUGCAGGAGGGGUGAUUGCGGAGAACCUGUGUAACUUGGAGCAGGUGCUUGAACUGAUUGAGCCAGUCGUCAGCCUCCUGCCUUUACGGCUGGAAAGGUGUGAUGGCUCGCCCAUUCGUGCUGUUGCUUGGUCCUCGGCCCAAGGUCCAGUCUAAGAUCACGGUGGAUCAAGCGAUGAAGACAGUGUGCAUUGUAUGUUGUACGAAUAUUCAGCCCGCAGUAGGAAGAGCGGGCUUUGGUGCUUGCUUUGAUGUAAGGAUAUACUACAUACAGAAAAGCUACCCAGCCAUAGAGUACGUUCUGGUCAGAAACGAGAUGCUUAUGUAACUGUAGGUCCAUGUGUAUUUCUCAGCUGGAGAAUCCCGCGAGUGCACGUGGCCGACGGAGCGGUUGGCCAUAUACGGAAGGUGG